CCAUGCGUGUAAAAACAAAGCAUCUUUGUUUUGAGUGGAUACAAAUUCAUAGUACUGUAAUAAAGUUCAAAAGAUGAUGAAAUGAACAGAUUGUUAAAAACAAGUUUUAAUUCUGGCAUAUCUAAACAGAAAUCAAACGUUGCAGCUCAGUCAGUGUUUCAUGGAGACAGCACUGUUAUUAUUUUACUGUCCCCUCCCUCUGCCCUCCCCAACAUUCCACACAUGCGGAGAAGCAACAAGCUACCGAACCAGCAGCAACAGCUAGCCGCCCGCCAGCAGCUAUCUCCGUGGGGGACGAGGCGUAUUAACAUGCAAAAGUUUAGAAAAACGGAUUCCUUGUCCUAAGCAGGCACAAGAGUGACGUUGGGCGCAACCCGAGACGGCUGUGGAAACCAUGGGUCACGUCGGGCUCUCGUAAUAGAUAGUUAUUUGCGUUAUUUAGUGCUUCAAAUGUGCGAAAAGUCGCUCGGUGUGUCCUCGUCGUUGAACAAGAUGGCAGCAGCAGCAGGAGCAGCACCGUUGCAGGAAUCGACUGUGGUGCGGGUCCUCGUUGCUAGCCAGCUCUUUCACACCCUGGGCGAUACGAUUUACUGGUUUUGUUGAAGGUAUGGCCUCACAAGUCUUGGUCUACCCAUCACAGAUGCACUCAGCUCAAACAAGUGCCUUAGGAACCAGCAGUAGUGGUACCAGCAGACAUAUAGGUGAACCCCACCGCAGUAAUAACACCAGCAGAGCCUUUCAGCACCGACCACCACCCAAAACCUAUGUGAUCGGAGUCAACUACGGUAUUGCAUAUCCCAACAACGUUGUCCCAUCCUCAGUCGGGGCUGAUUCAGGGAGACUGCACGCAGGAAUACAGCUCGGAGAAGGGGGGCUGUGGGCAUUGCAGACUGCAGGAAUACAGAGUGAAGAGAACCUAGGAGAAGGUCCAACUCGGACCCAGGAUCAGCAGUCUCUUUGCCAGAGCAGAGGCAGAGGCCCACAGGAAGUGAGGCUUUAUAGGGACAGUGGUGGUACUCCAGCAGGAGGAGGCCUGGACUGUGGGCUGCUGAGUAGGGCCUGUAUCAGAACGCAAGAGGACGGUGGUAGAAACAGAAGAGUACCGAGGCCAGGAGGAUACACCAAACUUUUAGACACAGCUGCCAUCCAGAAAUGUGAAAAGAAGACAGGUGAAAGUGGAGAACAACUGCAGGGAAACAACUGUGUCGGAACCAUGCAGAUAGUGGAGGAGGUAUCUGCUCUGCCUUCACUUCCUCCUCCGGUGGCCAUGUUGCAAACCAACACUGGGAACUUUGCAGACACUGUCAGAUUAGGAGGUGGAGGGAUGCCUGCUCAACACAACAGGGUGGAAGGUGUGACAGACAUUGGAAUCAGGGUGGAUGGAUCUGAAAUCAGGCCAAAUGGCAGUAACGAGGCAGUGGCUGGAGCUACAGUGACUAGAGCUGGGUCAGGAGAUGGUGACUACCAGUUAGUUCAGCAUGAGGUUCUGUGUUCCCAGAAGAACAGCUACGAGGUUUUGGAGUUUCUGGGUCGUGGCACCUUUGGCCAGGUGGUAAAGUGUUGGAAGAGGGGAACGAGUGAAGUGGUGGCUGUUAAAAUACUGAAGAACCAUCCGUCUUAUGCACGUCAGGGACAGAUUGAGGUUGAGAUAUUGGCACGGUUGAGCAGUGAGAAUGCAGAGGAGCACAAUGUGGUGCGUGCUUUGGAGUGCUUCCAGCACCGCAGCCACACCUGCCUGGUGUUUGAGAUGUUGGAGCAAAAUCUGUAUGACUUUCUUAAACAGAACAAGUUCAGCCCACUGCCACUCAAAAUCAUCAGGCCUAUUCUGCAGCAGGUGGCAACAGCCCUAAAGAAGCUCAAGUCUUUGGGUUUGAUUCACGCUGACCUGAAGCCAGAGAACAUCAUGCUGGUUGACCCCUCCAGACAGCCCUACAGAGUCAAAGUCAUUGAUUUUGGCUCAGCCAGCCAUGUCUCCAAGGCUGUCUGUUCCACUUAUCUGCAGUCCAGAUACUACAGGGCUCCAGAGAUUAUUUUGGGCCUGCCAUUUUGUGAGGCCAUAGACAUGUGGUCGCUGGGAUGUGUGAUAGCUGAGCUCUUCUUGGGUUGGCCUCUCUACCCUGGAGCGCUGGAGUACGACCAGAUCCGGUACAUCUCUCAGACUCAAGGCCUGCCUCCCGAGCAGCUGCUCAACAAGGGGACCAAGACCUCUCGUUUCUUCUCCAAAGAAUCAGAUUCUCCCUAUGCAUCGUGGAGACUAAAAACAACAGAGGAGCAUGAGAAAGAGACAGGACUUAAAUCCAAAGAGGCCAGAAAGUACAUCUUCAGCUGUCUGGAUGACAUAGCCCACGUGAACUUGGUGCUGAGUCCUGAUAACGCUGACAUGCAAGCAGAGAAGGCAGACAGGCGGGAGUUUGUGUCUCUGCUUAAGAGCAUGCUUUUGGUCGAUGCCGAAGACAGGACUGUUCCCACCAGUGUCCUCAGUCACCCCUUCCUCACUAUGACUCAUCUUCUGGACUACCCUCACAGCAACCAUGUGCAGUCAUCUUUCCGCAUCAUGGACAUGUGCCACACUCGGUCCAGCAAUGCAGUUUUUGACGCUCUCAACCAGAACACCAUUCAUUUCUCAAGGCCACCUCUAGCUCCCACUGCCUCCUCUGGCCUCCUGGGCUACAGCAACAUACCAAUCCACACUCAGGCUAUCACCCAGUCGGCUCCAUCAGUGUUGCAUCCGGGGAUAGCUCUGACAACCGGAAAUGGUCAGUUUGGGUGCAGUGACUCAUUCCCACCUGCCCUCCUUCUUUGUCCUCCAACCAUGCAAGGCAACCUUAAUCAGCCAGCAGGUUAUUCUGUCCCCAUGGCAACUCAGGCACCUCCUAUACAACCCUUACCUGUGAGGCCUGGUGUAAUAGCUCAGCAGGCCUGGUCUAACCGGGGGCAGCAGCUCCUUGUCCCAGCAGCCUGGCAGCAGAUGACUCCAGUAGGGCCUCCUCCCUCUCACCCACCACCACCACCACCAUCCUCCCUAACCAAGGACACCACAGCUGGACCUCAGCGAAUCAGCGACUGGGGGAAAGUGCGUCCACACAACAGCCACUAUAACGCAGUGAUCAAACAACCUCUUCUGACUAAUCAGAUGCCAGCGCUCUCGGCCCAUCAGCCGAUCAACAUUGGCAUAGCUCACGUUGUGUGGCCACAGCCAACCAAUAAAAGGAACAGGCGCAGUCACAACAGGAACCUGUCUCACUCCAGCAACGUCCACAUCACUGGAUGUCGGACCCCCAAAAUGGCUGAUGCUGUUGAACAGGCAGUGGCAGGAAGGGAGCAGCCUCAAAGGGAGGUGCCUUUAGUGGAAACCAGGCAACCAGAAGUUCAAAACACAGAUGAGGACGAUGAUGAUGCAGAGGAGGAAGUGAGCUGCUUCAAAGAGGUGGCGACGAACGCUAAUAGAGAGUCGGACUUGCUCAGGCAGCGAGAUGUAGCGGUUCUGAUGGCCGGCACUGACGGGAGCCCCACGCCCAGCGUUAUCAGCAUCCACAGUGAUCUGACAGAUGCAGAGGAUGAGGGUGGGGAGGAACAACCACUGAGGUGCCGUCUGAAUGAGUGCAAAGAGAAGUGUGUGUGUGAGGCUUGCGGAAACACCAGUUUGUCUAUGGAGAGAGUGUGCUCACUGAGCAGCCCCGACAGCAGCCUCAGCACCAGUUCGUUUGCCUCCAACUCUCUUCAGUCCAGCCCUUCAGUCUCACCAUGCAAGAGAGCCAACAGCAUGUCUGAGGAUGAUGGUCACGAGAGCGGCUGUGACACAGUGGAAGGCUCCCCCUCAUCCGACACGUCGACUUCCCCUCGCGGCAACAGUUCCUAUCGUUACCUUGACAACAGUAACCACAACAACCACCCGUCUUUGGCUGCUGUAGUAGCGCCACUACCUUCGCCUACUGUGCAGGGCAGGAGCCCACGUGGCAUCAGGACAAUGGUAGUUCCACCAAUGAGAGUGCAGAAUAACAACACUCAGGGGAUAGAGGAGCGUGUCCAGAGAAACGGUCAUUUGGAAGCAGUAGGGGCUUACCGCCCCCUAGUGCAGCCGUACGCUUCAAACCAGAGCAGCAAAGAAUGGAACGGCAACUAUGGGCCUCUGCGGCCGCACGCCUACAUUCCCCCUACUGUCCACACGCACACCUUCAGCCCCACACACACCUCAGCCGCCCCCCACACUCUGCUGUCCUACCCUCCCAGCGGCCCACUCACCACCGCCCACCAUCCCCACCCCAUCCUGCCUUCUCGCCCACCUCCUCCCCCUCUCCUCCAGCAUGGCUACGGUCUUUCCCACCCCCAAGGAGGUGCUAUAGUUCACCAGGUGACCCUGAGCAUCAGCGCCCACCCUCACCACCCUGGACACCCCGCUCCCCACCCUCACAGGCUCCUCCCUUCCCCAACCAUCCACCCGCACCACCAGCCUGGAUACGCCGCCCACCCCCACCAGUUCAAGCCUCCCUUCCCUCCUCCACCGCCCCCUCCUCACCCUUACAUGGCCUCCCCAGCCGCCUACACAGGCUUCCCUCUGAGCCCCACCAAGCUCAGCCACCACCCCCAGUUCUCUUAUAUCUGAGGAGCAGGGCAGGGCCACAGCAGUACCUUCUGGUCAGGAAGGGCCACGGGAAGUGGACAGGGGCAUCAACCUGGGCCGGGAGAGCUAGCAGCAGAGCACAAAAUGGACGCAUGUAAUGAUGAAGAUGAGCAAGAAGAAGAUGGGAAGAUGGAAAACAACGUAUCAUAGCGGACAGAGUAAGAAAAAAAGUAACAAUGCCGAAGAUGACGUUUAAAGUUUGGAGGACAAAGAAAUUCCCAGCCUGUAAUCCCGAUUCAUUGAUUAUGUUUUGAUUGUCGGAGCAUCUUGAGCUCUGAAAGACUCUCCGUGAAAUCGACUAACAGAAGUAAUAAUAGAUUAGAACCGCAAAGCUUUAAAGAGAGCGCAACGGGAGUGAAUGAAUUCAUAUGACAAUAAGGAAAUUUUAAUUAAGAAUGUGUCCUUUGCAUGUUACCUCCCAUCAGUGGUUGUUUUUCAGAGAGUAUGAUCUAAUUCACGGCUGGAAAUCAGUAGUUGUUGCUGUCAGGCGGCCCAGCCUCUCUCCCCCUUUAUCCUUAUUGCCUUGUAGCAUGUACAAGCCGGUCAGAGUGUGUUUGUUAAGCCAUCCCAGUGUGUAUCGACGACCGCUGAUAGCCCCCCACCCCCUCUUUGUUUCGGGCAGACUGUACUGCUGCCCUCUCUUAGUGCCUUAAAACGAGUGUCUCUGACGUUACUUCAGGAGCUUAUACAGUAGAUUGUACAUUUAAAUAGUCUUGCAGCACUUAACCUACAGAGUUUAAAUAAGAUGGGCUUAUUGGAUACAUAUGAGGUUAAUCCUUGUUUUUAUGUUAUAAUAUUGGCAAACGUUGGACUUGGGUGUGCUUUCUAAGUCAGAGUAUGGAUUUCUUUUAGCUAGAGGCUGCACACAUAGGGCUUUGACUGAAUGAGCUUUUUAUGUACAUAAAGAGUGAUUUGAUAUUUUGAUAAUCGUUUUCUAUUCACUAUAAUACUUAAUUCACAACAGUAUUGUCACUGUUUACUGUAACUGCAAUACAAUCUAGAUAGACUCUG